GAGAAUCAGUAUAUAUUUAUAACUUUCAGUGUGCAGUCGUGUCGCAACGUUUUAAAAUUCGCUACGGGAUAUUUUUGUAACUCAAUUUGUUAUAAAACGUACAUUUUGAGUGAACAUUAUUGUGAUCAUUUUUCCAAAUAAUGGCUGAGAAACUUCAAAUGUGCGGCACUGAAGCGGAGAUGAGGGAGGUGGCCGCCCGAAUAUGCAGGAACUAUUUAUAUGGUGCUUGGAAGACUGUCGACCCGGAACAGUUGGAUUUUAGGAAGAUGAGCGGCGGCCUAUCAAACUUCCUCUACUACGUGGCUCUGCCUGACGACGUCACUAAACUGGAGUGCUACAGACGUGAACAGUCCCCGGACGCCGAGAAGAAGACGUUCCCCAGCAUCAGCUCCUUCUGCAUGGCCGAGCCGAGGAAGGUCCUCCUGAGGAUAUACGGCCAAGUUCACGGCGAGCGGGCCAUGGACGCCAUAGUGACGGAGUCGGUGAUUUUUACUCUCCUGUCUGAGAGGAAAUUGGGUCCCAAGUUGUACGGCGUGUUCUCCGGCGGCAGAAUUGAGGAGUACAUUCCUGCGCGCUCCCUUUGUCACAAAGAAUUAUCAGAGCCGGCCAUUUCGAUGAAGAUUGCUGAGAAAAUGGCCGCCAUACAUUCCAUGGACGUGCCGCUGUCCAAGGAGCCGAAUUGGCUGUGGAAGACCACGGGCAAGUGGUGGAAGACGACCAAAGAAGAUCGGUGGGUCAACACCGUCGCUAAGAACGAUGAGGAGAAACGCAUAUUGAAAAUCUUGAAAUCCAUAGAUUUCGAGAAGGAACUGGAAUGGCUCAAAAAACUGACUGACUCAGUCGAAUCGCCCAUAGUGUUCUGUCAUAACGACAUGCAAGAGGGCAACAUUUUAAUACUAGAAGACACAUUGCCCAAUUCGGAAGACGAGGACUACACAACGUCGUACUCGGACGUAAAGUCCGAUAAAGGGAACGACCACAGGCUAUCGUCGAACUUCAACGCUCUGUAUGAUGACAGUAACACAUCCGAUGACAGACUGAGUUACAGUUCAGACAACGGGGAGCCUAGACUGGUUUUGAUAGAUUUCGAGUAUUGCGCAUACAACCACAGAGGGUUCGAUAUAGCCAAUCAUUUCCAGGAGUGGGGGUAUGAGUACACGAACACUGAAUAUCCGUAUUAUUUUGAACACCACGGAUAUUGUCCCACAAUGGAACACAAGGAGAUCUUCAUAAAAGAAUACCUGAAACAUUACCACGCGAAUUUGGACAAGGAACCGCCUACCAUUGACGACAUCAACAAGCUAUUCACCGAGGUUGAAGCUUUCGAGUUAGCAUCGCACCUGUUCUGGUGCCUUUGGACGACCAACUCUAGCACCAGUCAGAUACCGUUCGGAUAUUGGGAGUACGCCCUUUCCCGCUACGAGCGAUACCGUCAGCUCAAACAGGAGCUGAUCAAGAAAGACAAAUUGGGAUUCCCCCAGAAGAGGAAAAUAUGCGAGGUCGAUAUUUGAGAGGGAUGCGCCGCGCUCACUGUGUAAAUACGGCCUUGUGGCGUGAUAGUGUGCGUAACGCCUUAGCACAUACUCCGACGCGAAUGAGGCUCGAUUUAAAGUAAGAACUUUUUUAUAAUCAUGAUUCUUAACAUAAUAAUGAAAUUUUAAUUAAAAACACAACUUUAUACUUUUAAUUCUGAUUGUAAUUUAAGUAAUGGUGAUAUGCAGCUUUUAGUAAAAAAAAAAAAGGAUAAACAAGGUAUUUGACGUAAGAUUAAAAUUUAACUGGCAUAACAUGAUAAUAAGUUACGUACAAAGAUUUAUAAGAAUAACUUAUACACUUUGUGAUAAGGUACCUUUUCAUAAAAAGUAGGAAUGAUUUGAAAGAUAUAUAUAUUUUAAAUCGAGCCUUAUUUUAUGAUGUGUUGAGGUUUUGAAGCCCUAACGAUGGGUUACUCAUAAGUGUUUAAGAUUUAACAGAAUUAAAGUUUAUUUAAUACAAUAAUUAUAUUUUCAAGUAAAUGUCUUGAAAACGUUUCGAUGAAAAUCACAACUCACAAAAAUUUGUUUAUAUUUCACAACGUUUCGACGAAAAAUAUAUAUUCAACAAAUUUCGUCGAAAAAUAUUUCUUAUUUCGAUGUACUUAAUGUAAAUAUCGAUAUUUUUAAAUUCAAGUCGCUUCGUCAAUAAUAAUAAUGCAAUGUUUAUUCUUUAAAUUAUGUACUUUUCGAGUAUUUUCGGUAAACCUUAAAUACAUUUAAUGUGCAUGAGUAAAUAUUCUGGACAGAGCAAAAAUUAAAAAAAUGACACUUAGUUUUCUUUUAUUUAUUACAAAUGUAGAAUCAAUAAAAGAAUAUCUUAAAAACUUUUAAUUUGUCAAAAUUUUUAGAUUCUAUCAAACUUAACGUCUACAUUCUCUCCCUAUCUUUCUUAUUGCGUUUCCCAUUUGUGUAUUGGAACCCGGGGUCCACUUUUCAGAAAUCAAUAAAUAUACGUACGCGUCUGUACUUAAUAUUCACUCAUGCAACUGUUUGUAUAUAAACGUCAGUGAUACAAUAAUUUUAUAAUUAAUCCGUAUACAUAUAAUAGUAUUAAGAAUAUAAAAAUCGCAUUGUAUAAUAAUUAAAUUAUAAUAAUUAAAAAAUUCAUAAGAUGCACAAAGAAAUGGAUUUAUCGAAUACAUAAUUAGGUUAUAAUUUAAACGAGCACAGAACAAAUGUGCCGCAAAAUGAUUAGAGACAUCAAAUUUGUUCUGUGCAUGUAUAGAGAAAAUGUUUUGUCAGUUUGUAUGUUGACAGAUAUUAAAAUAUUUAACUUUACCCGUACAAUUACAAGCAUUGUGAAUAUAUUUAAAAAAAUAAAGAAAAAACAAUUAUACAAAUAAUGUGAUACAAAUAAUGGAAUUGUCAAUUUUGGCAUAAAUCCAAAAUUACGUGUUAUAUAGUUCGCCAAGAAUUCCUUUAAAUUCGAUUAAUUUAUUAAUGAGAAUUAAUUGAAUAAUUAUUUAUAGUCUAGUUUAGGUGAUAAAUGUUUCAUUAUUACCUGUUGAAUAUUCUUUUUACACGCCCGUUAGUUGACAACCUAUAUUUUUUUUUGUUCUUCCAAGCGUUGUUUGUAAUUAAAUUAUUUGAACAUUCCAUUUUGAUUUUUUAUAUAAUUUAUACAUUGGCUUAUGUUAUUGUACCUAAGAAAUCUUAUGAUACGUAAUACGUAUGUGAAAUAUAUAUUAUGGAAUGACGUGUUUUUGUCAUUCUACGCAAAACGUAAAACUAACAUGCGCAAUAUCGUGGAAUUGCAAGUUGUAAACGUAACUUUGUCAAAACAACGUACCUAUUGUUAAUUACGAAUAUAAAAAAAACACACACACACACUUCUACAAUUAACCUAUUUCUCAUCUUCAAUUCUUACUUAAAUUGUACAACACCAACAAUUUUACAAGAGAAUAGGUGUGUAGCGAAAAUCAUAAAUACUAAUAUUUGUUUUAUGAUUUUUGUCAUAUACAGAAAUUAAAAAAAAUUAUACCCUUUUGUUAUAUUGUUAAGACAUGUACCUACAAAUUAUGUUUUACAAUGAGUCCCCACGUAGGUAUACAGUUUUACAGGGUUACUGAUAUUAAACGCAAAACCUUUUACCUUCUUGCUCAACUUCCAAUGGGACCAACAUUGAAAUCGCUAUAAAAUAACAGCUUUAUCAUACGCAAUUGAUUUGAUUACUUACCGCGAAAAACUGACAUAUCGCAGUCAUUUGAUUGAGUCUGUUAUUUUAAUGAAUGAUAAGUUCGUUCAUUGAACGAUGGUAUUAUUGAACUAAACAGCUAUAUUUUAUUGCGAUUUCAGUUUUGGCGCCUUACGAAAUGUUCAGUGUUGUCUGAGCAAGUAGGUAAAAGCUUUUUGUUUAUGAUACCAGUAUAUUUACACAAUAUGUUAGGCAAUCUUUAUCACUACAUAUAAUAAAGUCCCCCUACUUUUUCUGUAUGUAUGUGCAAGUCUGGGAAAGGUGUGGUAGGGUUUGUUUCCUAUUUAAAUUUGUCUGAAAGAGGGAUUUCAUUUCUGAGGAUGUAUAAAUGCUAUCCGUGGUAAGUCGGGUGAGUCGGUAGUUGUAAAUAUAAAACGUUUUAAAUAUAUUCACAAUCCUAAUAUUAUUCCAUGUUUUAUAUUUAGACAUUGUGAUUUAGUUGUAAGAAGCCUUUUAGGAACUGAAGUGAUCCGAAAUUGUUAAAAAAAUCCUAAAAAUAAAAAAAAAAUGUAAACUCAGCAAAGAGUAUUCCGAAAUAAAGAAGGUGUUCCUUA